CCAGAAGAAGUCCACUGCCUCUGGGAAUCCAACAGAGAUGGAAACUGACAGCAAGGGUAACAAGUCUUCACCUGUAGAGCAGAAGAGAGACUCAACCCAGGAUGAAGACAGUGACCUAGAUGAGGGAAGUAGCGAGGAACAAGAGACAGCAGAAGUGCCAAAGUUAGAAGAUUUAGAUGUAAACAAGUGUACAGAGCCGCAAAAGCUGUUCAACAUUGCCAAUGAACUGCUUCAUACAGAAGAGGCUUAUGUUAAAAGACUGCAUCUACUGGACCAGGUGUUUUGCACUAAAUUGUCAGAAGCAGGUGUUCCAGCUGAAGUGAUAACUGGCAUCUUUUCAAAUAUUUCCUCCAUCUAUUGCUUCCAUGGACAAUUUCUCCUGCCUGAGCUCCAAAAAAGAAUUACACAAGAGUGGAAUGCAACCCCACGGCUGGGAGACAUCCUUCAAAAACUGGCUCCCUUUCUGAAGAUGUAUGGAGAAUAUGUAAAGAACUUUGACAGAGCAAUGGACAUGGUGAACACAUGGAUGCAGCGAUCAUCUCCAUUUAAAGACGUUGUUCAAAAUGUACAGAAACAGGAUGUGUGUGGGAACCUGACAUUGCAGCAUCACAUGCUUGAGCCUGUGCAGAGAAUUCCUCGCUAUGAGCUUCUUCUAAAGGAUUAUCUAAAGAAACUUCCAGAAGAGUCUCCAGACAGGAAGGAUGCUGAAAAAUCGCUGGAGCUCAUUUCUACAGCAGCAAACCAUUCAAAUGCAGCCAUCCGAAAGAUGGAAAAGAUGCACAAGCUGUUAGAAGUAUAUGAGCGACUUGGGGGUGAAGAGGAUAUCGUUAACCCAGCCAAUGAACUCAUUAAAGAAGGCCAUAUCCAGAAACUCUCAGCUAAGAACGGCACAGCUCAGGAUAGGUACUUGUAUCUGUUUAACAGCAUGGUGUUAUACUGUGUGCCAAAACUGAGGCUGAUAGGCCAGAAGUUCAGUGUUCGAGAAAAGAUGGACAUUGCGGGCUUGCAGGUCCAGGAAAUUGUCAAGCAAAAUGUGACUCAUACAUUUUCGAUCACAGGAAAAAAGAGAUCCUUGGAACUCCAAGCUAGGACAGAAGAGGAGAAGAGAGAAUGGAUUCAGGUCAUUCAAGCAACAAUUGAAAAACAUAAACAGAACAGUGAAACAUUUAGGGCUUUUAAUAGCUCCUUUUCUCAAGAAGAUGAGCAUCUUCCAGACUCUUCGAUAGUAAGCACCAGCUCUGUAGAAUCUAUGCCAGGAGCAGAUGGCAUCAGUGGAUCUGGAGGGUUACACCCUAAAAAAUCAUCUUCUAAAACCAAGCGAGACAAGGAAAAGCAAGCUUGCAAAAGCUGCAACGAAAGCUUUAACUCCAUCACUAAAAGGCGGCACCAUUGCAAACAAUGUGGGGCAGUUAUUUGUGCAAAAUGCUCUGAAUUUAAGCCACUUGCAGAUAACAGCCGUCACAAUCGAGUGUGUAAAGACUGUUUUCUGCUAUCAUCAGCAGUCCCGUGCAAUACAGGAGCUGAAUCUAUGGGAGAACAAAAGAAAAAAACUGCAGUCGAGAAACCAAACUUUUUGGCCGCUGAAAACAGCCUUUUCAGCAGCCGCCUCCUGUUCCUAGACAAAGGGAAGACUUGGUGCAAAAUGUGUGUCACCAUCCCCAAGACUGAACCUCUUGUCUUGUAUCUGCAUGGAGGAAGUCAGGAUGGGCAGGCUCCACGUGCUAUACCUCUGCCUGGAUACGCAGUCAGUUUACCAAGUUCUGGUGAGAAGUUUGAAGUGAAACACGUUUUUAAGCUUUGCCAAUCCCAGCAAACUAUAUAUUUCAGUGCAGAGGAUGAAGAACAGCAAGCAAAAUGGAUGGAAAUUCUCACCAAAGCGGCUAAAGGGGAGACUGAAGAUCUAGCUGAAGAAAUCGGUCACCUGUAGAGCAAGCUCCAUUUAGUUUCUUUAGUACAUG